UUUCUGGCGCUGUUCAUCUACGACCGUAGCACGUCGUGUCCGCACGCACACGCGUACGCCAGCGCACACACGCACGCAGCUCAGGCCAUCUCAAGCCAUCCCGCGACGAGGUCGCAGAGUGGCGACUGCGGCACUCAUUUGAGCGCUUUGCAUCAUGCAUCAACCCGAUCCUUGAAUCGAAUCGACUCGCCCGGAGCUGCGAAUGGGCCUGGAGUCCGCUGCUCCGAAGCUCGACUCGGAGUCGGUCUCCGGAGCGGAGUCGGAGAAAGUCGGCAAUCGCCCGAUUGCCGGGCUGAUUCGGCGAGUCUAGCGCCGGAAAUGUUGCCGGAUGGCCCGUCGUCAUUGUCAUUGUGA